AUGGAUCUCACGGCACCAGUUCACCGCAAUCCACCUCGGACCCAAACGUUCCCUUACCAAACACCGGUCUCUAUGCCAGUUCGUCCCGUCCAACAUUCACCCGCAUAUAUGCGUCCACAUUCUCAUGCCACGUCACCGAUGGAUCCGGGACCGGGACAAAUGAUCUCGAAUUUUUCUCCUCCUCAUUCGGUUCAUUCUUCUCCUCAUCCUAACACUUCUCCACUUCAUCAUAACAAUGUUCAAUCUCUCUCUUCUUUUCCCUCUGUACCAACAUUCCCUCAUUCCGUUUCCGAAACUUGGCAAAAUCGUAUCGUACCUACUUUUCACAACUUGACUCAUACCUUUACCAAUCCGAGUAUGUUUAAUUAUCGUCGUCCUCUACCUUCUGCACCUGAACCAUCAUCUUUCAUUCCUGAAUCAUACACUCCACUGCAUUCUCCUCCAUUUUUACCUAUAAGCUUUGGACGAUCACCUGUCUCGGUCCCGCCGGCAUCUGUACGCCUUCCGUCUCGAGUUGGAUCACGAAUGGAUAAUCUAGCUGAACGAACACCAUCUUGCAUAAUGCAUCAACCGCGACCUCACCGUGUUGUAAACCUCGACCAUAUCUCUGCAUCGGCCCAAAUCCUUCCUGAAAUACAGAGUGCACCGGCGAUUAUGUCCGAAUUCCCGCAGGAAUACCAUCAUACGUCCCCUAAUCAGUCUAACAUAUCACCGCAACAAUGGGUUCAACCACCAAUCCGAGCACCGCCGGACCACCACUACCCUUUCUACUACACUCCAUACCCUGUAUACCAGAGUUUUCAACCACCUCCCGAACAACCACGUUCGGAGACUCCCAAAUUCAAAAUCGAAUACUCCUCUAUCCAUGCGACGUUUCUCGCAACAAUUAAGGAUGCCGAUUCUCUGAAAGACCAAAAAUCAUGGGUGAAAUGGAAUGAAGGUGUAUGGCAGGCAGUUGCAGAUGGCUUCGUUCUAGGCCACAUAUGUGAUGACCCAUCUCCUGGGACUCCUUGGACCGAAUGGAAUACACCCUUAGUUCGACCUAAUCUUUCGUCUCAACCAACACGGAAGGAACUUGAGGCUCGUCUCAAAUGGGAUAAAAAUGAUGAAUGGACUUCUUCGAUUCUGACUGCCCGUUUGUCGGAUAAAGCACGAAACCAUCUUCCUCCUAUGAUCAAUGACCGUGGCGAACGACGUACCGCACGACAAAUAUAUCUCAGACUUAAAGCGGCAUAUCAAGCUGCUCCUGAUAGGAAGGCAUGUCUACGUAUUCAGGAUGAACUUCUCAAUUCCCAAAUCCACGGCAUGGACAUCGAAAAAUUCAAUCUCAAAUGGAGUUCCACGCUUACCACAUUAUGCAACUAUGGAUACAAUAUUCCAUGGGAUACUCUGCUUUCAAAAUACAUAUCGAAAUUACCUUCGGGUCCACGCUAUGUCUAUCUCAAACAAAUGCUCUGUCAAGUCCAUGCCUCGGGCCUCCAUUCCGCCGCUCGGUAUUCCGAAGAUCUACUUCUUAUUGUAAUCUUACUCUUAUUGUUCUUUCUCGCUACACAUACCCUUUCAUUCUAG